AUGCAUCGUAUUACUGUACUCUUAUCACUGAUGAUUGUUUUGUCAUUUAUUAACACGACAAUAUCAAAAACUUCUUUGGGGCAAUGGGAAGACAAUGAGACGAUGAAAUUACGAUCUUCGUAUGUAACGACAGUUACCUCAUCACUAUCCUCCACCGCGAGGAAUACUUUAGAAACGAAAUAUUUGCCAGAAAGCGCUUAUAUGAAUGGUUUUGAUCUGUUCGAUUUCUUAGGAAGUUUGCAGCCAUCAGAUUGCUUGCAAAUUUGUUUCGAUGAAGUUGCUAGUAUGUUAGAACAACCGUUUGCUGGACAACAUUCUGUUGAUGAAGUUGGCAACAUUUGUAGAUUCAAGAUUGAACGUGCAGAUUCAAUGCAGAUUGAACGUGAUGUGGAAAAUAUGAAUGUCUUAUAUGAUUCAUUCGUGCCUUUCAUCACAAUUUUUAAUACUAUUUACAGCCAUUUCGAUAUAUUCCAGCGAUGUCUUCAUCAUAAUGCAAGUUGCAAGGAUGCAUUGCUUGAUGUUACAACAACAAUCAUCGAUUAUCUCUGUACCUUCAAUCAGGAUGAAUUUGAAGAUUUAUUUCCGUGUCUGUAUGGCCAUUCAGCAGUUAUUUAUCUCACCUGCGAUAAUCAGUGCAAGAUGGGGGAAAUUCUUUCUAAGGCAUCAAAGAAGAAGAAAGAUGAUGUAACAAAUAUACUCGAUAGUAAUGGAAAUAAGCUCCUUCAGGUGCCCAAUCUUUACAAUUUGUGCAGCGCAUCGGCAUGUUUUAUUAAUUGCACGCAGAAUUUAGCUGAGAAGGAGUGUUCAAUCGGUCAUUCAACCUUAUUGCAUAAGAUAGUGGCAGCGGUGGUAAAUCAUACGAUAAAAAUAAUUCCAACUCCAGCGAUGAAAUCGAAUGAUGCUUACACUUUGCUCGUAUCUUCCAUUUUACCAAAUGAAUGUCAACGAUUGAAGCUUCUUCCACAGACUGCUAAUUCUGAAGAAAAUGAUGCAAUCCGAACAAUCCUGAACAAUUAUGUGGAAAAUCAGACAAAUUCGGUUUAUAUGCAAAUAUUAUCCUUGAAUGGGCGUCAAAUGAAGUUGCAGUGUCAGAUGAUUGAUCUAGAAACUGGACAAGAGGCUACCGUUGCAGAUAUCGCGAGAUUAAUGACCACCGAAGCAAAGAAUAUCUUGAAUGAAUUUGGUUUACGAAGUGCAGAGGACGAGCAAAUCUUAGCGAAUAAAGCAAGGUAUGACAAUAGGUCAGGAUUACAGGAUCAUAAGGCUAUUGGCAGUAAAAGUGAAAUGUAUGCAAAAGCAUCAUCUGAUCGCUUAUUUCCUUCAGGUGUUCUCACUCUUCUACUUAUGCUACUCUUUUAA